AUCUACGUUGUGGGCGGCUACGACGGCACAAGCAGGCAAAAGGCAGUCAUACGAUAUGACCCAAGGGUUGGCCAGUGGCAAUCCGUUGAGCCGAUGAUCAAUCCGCGAAGCAAUUUCGGCAUCGCUGUCAUCGACAACGACCAGAUCCUGGUCGCCGGAGGCUACAACGGCGUUACGACCGUGGCUCUCUGCGAACUGUACGAGCCUCGGGUGGAGUGCUGGCAGCGUCUGCCACCAAUGCGGAUCAGUCGCAGUGCUUUGUACUGUGCUUCUAUUAAAGGUGUGCCGAAUAUAGACGAUUUCAUUGACAAAGCGUCGAGGAUUGCUUGUCCAUCGCAGAUUCCUUGGAAUCGGUAA